AUGGGAGAUGCAGCUGAGGUCAAUAUUGACAAGCAGCUCUUUCACGCACGCCUGGGCAACCUUGUAGCGGCGUGGAAGGAUCCUAAGAAGAAUGAUGUCUUUGGUGGCGUCAGCUCGAUAGUUGUGAUCUUAGGGAAGACAGAAGAGGGCCCAUACUCAAAGAGUCUUUCUCUGCAUUUCUGGCUUCUUGGAUACGAGUUUCCUACAACUUUGUUCUUACUAACACAGGAUAAGUUCUACAUCGUCACAACUCCAAAGAAAGCUAAACAUCUUGAACCUUUGAAGGGCGGUAAAAUACCUGUUGAGAUUCUGGUGCGAGGGAAGGAUGAGGCUGCAAAUACCCAGAUCUUCAAGGACCUUGCCGGUGUUAUCAAGAAAUCGGGUAAGAAAGUCGGGGUUAUUGCGAAGGACUCAGCACAAGGGCCUUUUGCGAACGACUGGAAAAAGGUUUAUCCUUCUGAAGCUUCGGGAGUUGAGGAGGUAGACGUAUCCGCUGCCUUUUCAGCCUUUUUGGCUCUUAAGGAUGAUGCUGAGUUGAAAACUAUGCGCGCUUCUUCCAGAGCUCUAGUUGGCAUCAUGAAAGGAUAUUUCAUUGAUGAGAUGUCGACAAUCAUCGACGAAGAAAAAAAAAUCUCACAUGCUGCACUUAGCAAAAAGAUCGAGGAUAAAAUCGAUGAUGAGAAGUUCUUCAAAGCAAAAGAGUUGAAGCUUGGCGCUGAUUUUGAUCCGAUGCAACUCGACUGGACUGUAGGCCCCGUAGUUCAAAGCGGCGGCAAAUAUGAUUUGAGGACGAGCGCUGCCGCCGACGAUAACCAAUUACACGGUGGUAUAAUCUUGUCGACCAUGGGACUUCGAUAUAAGAGUUACUGCUCAACUAUUGCAAGAACCUUUCUUAUCGACCCAAACAAGGCGCAGGAAAAAUACUACAGCUUUUUGGUCGAUCUCCAAUGGAAGGUCCUUUCAGAGAUUCGUGAUGGUGUGGUUUGCAAAGAUAUCUACAGCAAAGCGAUCGGCUUCAUCAAAGCGAAACACCCUGAGCUCGAGAAGCACUUUCUUAAAAAUAUCGGUGCCGGUAUUGGUAUCGAGGUUCGCGACUCAAACUUAGUCAUCAGCCCCAAGAGCACUCGUGUUUUGAAGGAUGGGAUGACACUUUGUGUCACCCUAGGCUUUCACGACUUAGAGAACCCAAAGCCGCAGGAUUCGAAGAGCAAAACCUACAGUUUGUUGUUGUCUGAUACCAUUCGGGUAACGGCUGGUGACCCUAUUGUAUUUACUGGCGGAUGUCCGAAGGAUUUGAAAGAGACAGCAUUUUACUUCAAGGAAGACGAGCCAGAGGAGAAGGUUAAGGCGAAAAAGCCUGCACCUAAGCCCGCCCCAGCAAAGAAUACCGCAGUCUUGAAGUCGAAGCUUCGAGGGGAAAGGAAAGAAAUCGAUGAAGGAGCGGAGCAAAAGAGGAGAGAACACCAAAAGAAACUUGCCCAGGUGAAACAGGAGGAAGGGUUAGCACGAUACGCCCAGGGAGGGGCAGUCGGAGAUGGGAAGGGCAAAAAGCUUAUCAAGCGUUUCGAAUCAUAUAAGCGCGAGAACCAAUUGCCCCUCGCUUGUGCGGACUUGAAAAUCGUUGUUGAUCCCAAGAGUCAAACCAUUGUUGUUCCUAUCUUUGGAAGGCCAGUGCCUUUCCAUAUUGCGACAUUGAAGAAUGUUAGCAAGAACGAUGAAGGUGACUUUACGUACCUUCGUAUCAACUUCCUCUCUCCCGGACAGGGUGUAGGAAGAAAGGAUGAACUGCCCUUUGAAGAUCCUGGCGCCCAUUUUGUGCGCAGCUUGACGUACAGAAGUACAGAUAAUGACCGGAUGGCGGAGAUCUGUGCCAGCAUUCAAGAUAUGAAGAAGAAUGCCGUUAAGCGUGAGCAGGAACGUAAAGAACUAGAAGAUGUUGUGACCCAGGAUAAUCUGAUCGAGAUCAGAAACCGCCGUCCUCAGCGUCUUGCAGAUGUUUAUGUCCGCCCCGCCCUUGACGGGAAGCGUGUGCCAGGUGAAGUUGAAAUUCACCAAAAUGGUCUCCGCUACCAGUCGCCAGUUCGCAAUGAUCAACGUAUCGAUAUCCUGUUCAGUAACGUCAAGCAUCUUUUCUUCCAGCCCUGCACGAGUGAACUUAUCGUGUUGAUUCAUGUCCAUCUCAAGGACCCCAUUAUGGUUGGGAAGAAGAAAACCAAAGAUGUGCAGUUUUACCGCGAAGCAACUGAUAUCCAGUUUGACGAGACUGGUAAUAGGAAGCGUAAAUACAGAUACGGAGAUGAGGAAGAGUUCGAGCAAGAACAAGAGGAACGUCGGAGAAGGGCCGCUUUGGACAAGGAAUUCAAGGCAUUUGCGGACAAGAUCUCAGAAGCAGGAAAGAAGCUCGAGAAUGGUGUGGAUGUUGAUAUCCCUUACCGCGAGCUUGGUUUUAGCGGUGUACCGUUCCGUGCAAACGUUCUUUGCGCGCCCACUACAGACGCUUUGGUUCAACUCACUGACCCUCCCUUCUUGGUCAUCACUCUUGACGAGAUUGAAGUUGCUCACUUAGAGAGAGUUCAGUUUGGUCUGAAAAAUUUCGACAUGGUCUUUGUCUACAAGGACUAUGCCCGACCAGUUUCCCAUAUCAACUCAAUUCCUAUGGAAACCCUUGAAAACGUCAAGGAAUGGCUUGAUUCUUCAAACAUUCCCUUCACCGAGGGACCUUUGAACCUUAAUUGGCCCACUAUCAUGAAGACUGUACUUGCAGAUCCUCAUCAGUUUUUCAAAGAUGGUGGUUGGAAUUUCUUGUCGGUUGAGUCUGAUGGCGACGAUGAUGAGGAGGACGAAGAAGAAUCUGAAUUUGAAGCCUCUGAUUUUGGUUCAGAGUCAGAAAGUGAAGGGGAAAGUGAUUUCGAUGACGAUGACGCCAGCGCGGACGAGGGCUCCGAAGCCUCAGACGUCGAAUCUGGGGAGGAUUGGGACGAUCUAGAAGAAGAUGCAAAAAGAAAAGAUGAAGAGAGCGGCUUAGUCGAUAAAGAGAAGACAAAGAAACGAAAGCGGUAA